GUCACCUUCUACUUUGUCUAACCCACUUUCCUUCCUCGGCGUUUGCCCCAGCACAAGAAUAUCAUUUCCAAGCACAAUGUGCUGCGACGUUUCAAUCCCGCCACACCCUUUAAAGCAGCAUCUCACAGCUAGAACGAGAUCUCCCCUUCCCUUCACUGCACUUUGGAUCGAUUUUCUCCCAUCUCUAUAUAUGGUUUUCCCCGGUCUCUGCUUCUGCGGUGGCGGAGCGGGCGAGAGAGGGAGUGUAUGUAUACGCGCAUGUCCAGGACCUUUUUGCUGACGGAGGAAUCGACUGAGUUGGGUCUACUCUGUAUGUUCUAGAGCGAAUCCUGUAUUCCGACCUCACGUAUCCUAGUGCUCCUUUUUUAUGGGCUUGAAGGGAAUGCGUGCUUCUUUCCGAUCCCGUUAGUAGGUCUAGCAUUUUUUUUUAUUGUUCCAGCACCGACAAGCUUCUUAGCUUCUUUUCCUACGCGACUUGGGUCGUUCUGUGGCCCGUGCGUUUCAGCAGGGGCCUUAAUUUCGCAUCCCGUCGAUGGUUAUAGUGCUGCGAAUGGUUGUAUAGUGCCAUUCUUUUGCCCACUUCUUCCAGAAAGUGGGAGCUAGUCUUUUGUAGGUUUCCACGGUUCCCUGAUUUAGUUGUGUCGAGAAGCUUCUAGUUCUGUGAAUUGGGCGCGGAAGACGAGGUUGUUAUUAUUGUUUGGAGAACUGAAAAUCCAAAUUGAGUACAACACGUCUCGACUACAGAAUUUGUAAACUUGUGAACGCAGCAGAGAUUUUUGCUGAUUAGGUAGGUAUCUGUUGGAGGGCUUCCUGCUCCACAUCAAAACACAAAUGAUCGUCGAGUAAAAAUCGGUACACUCGAUUGAAUGUCACUGCAUAGAUUCGAAAAGUUAAGGAAUAGCUGCCUGUCCUUCCAAGCGAGCGAAAAAAGUCUGAAUGAGAGCAUAACUGCUUCAUUUUCUAUGGACUCGUGCAUCUCUAGAGAGAGCGUAGUUAGCAGAGUUGCAAUAUCUUGUUGCAAGUUCAGGUAUCAUCCAGUGACGAGGUCCUUGCUGGAAUGCCACAGCCAGAGGCCUGCGCGCAUGUGCAUUUAAUGUUACUAUUUCUUGCAGUAGAUAAUUUUUUUAUGCAGUCUCUGUGAAUCAGUAGAAGUUUGCUUCUUCUGGAGGAGGGUCUGUCAUCUGACAAAGAAGAUCAAGUAUGGGAGCUAUGACGCGUCGCAAGUGCGUUCCUAGCGAUGGUAUCAGGCAACUUGUGUGGAGCAAAGAAUUUUACUCUUGGAUUAUAACGCUGUUAACAUAAAUUAACCCCAACUUCCAUAGACGUUGAUGCUACAAUCAUGGCGGAAAUGCAUACCACACUUUCGGAGGAUGUUGUCGAAGAGCGCCACACCAGUAUGGAGGAGGUGUUGCCUCUUCACAUUUUAUCAGACAUCUGUAAUAGGGUCAGGGAUGCAAAGGACCUCGCCAAUUGUGCGGCAACGAGCAGAGCCAUGGAUGACGCUGUGCGAAAUGUUCAGAGCCUCAAUCUCAUCUGCCUGAAGAAGUAUUUCCUUCUGGCACGAAAGCGCUUUCCUAUUAGAGUCCCGUGCCCAACCUCAGAUGAUGAAGAUGAACUUGACACAGACUCGGAGGACGACAGCGAUGAGGAAAAAGUUGAGCCCUGCGUAACGAAAGACCCAAGCUCAAGUUCCUCAGAACAUCAGCCCCAGGAUGGAGUUAAUGAAAACUCAGCCCCAAUCUCAGGUUCCUCUGCACACAAGCCCCAGGAUGCUCUCUCUGGAAAGCCUGCUCCUAUCCCACGUUCAUCCUUACACCCACCCCAGGAUGGUCUCUGUGGAAGGUUAGCCCCAGCUAAGCCGCCCGCCUAUGUGUCAUUCAAAAUCGCAUGUCUUAACAUGCUCGGGCGUGUGAAAGAUGUUAAGCAUCUUCGAAUUGAAGUUGACCAGGAAAUGCAAGCAAACUUGUUUCAGAAGGAGGAGAUACACAUGGUGGACUUCUGGUUGAGCGAGCCCAUGUUUGUACGCAAGUGGGUGUCAGCGUGCUUCAGAACGCUUCAGCAUUUGACUGUUGUUGAUUACGGCCAGCAGGCCAUCAUGCGCCAGUCUCCCAUUCUGAGGGUUCUCUCUGAAAACUGCAAAGAAUUGACGCAUUUAGAGUUGAGGAACAUGUACCUCGACACAAACGAUCUGGACAAAUUACCUAAGCUGGAAAGUCUCACUCUCCGGUGUAUCAAAAUGACAGAAAGGUCUCUCACUGACAUCGAUGACUGCAUGCCAGUAUUAGUAACUCUUGCGCUUGUGAGUGUUUUCGGUGUCCAAGAUGCCAAAAUGAAAUCCCAAAAAUUGGAGGUAUUGUGUCUGGGACUGUCCACAAGCGCCAGGAUUGUGGAUCUAAACCUUCCCCAAGUUAAGAAGCUGCAACUAAAGAUGACAUGUCCGGAAAUACUCCGGGUGCGUGCUCCCAAGUUGACCUACGUCGCAGUCUGCAUGGAGAAACGAGACCGACCCGACGUAGAGUUUCUAGAGGUGAAUGGUCUCAAAGAGCUUCUCUUCGGAGCUUCACACUUCUCAAUACUCCCCUACCUCAUGAAGAGCAAUCGCUUACUGGAGAAGAUUUUUCUGGAUUUACCGUGUAUGGCUCUAGGGGAAGAUGGCAAGUGGGAAGGUGUUCUGGAGCAGAUCCCGAGGAGUCUCCCCGACAUUGAAGUUCUGAAAGCAUCAUGCCCCAUUUUGCACACACUCAGUGUUGGCCCGGGCCUUUGGCAUGCCAUGGAGGAGUCCUUCGAGAUCAACCAAGAGCUGGCUACAUUCCGGAGGUGGCGAACUCUGACCAAGUUCAUUGUGCACAUGGUAGUUCAGAGCUUGGACAAUUGCAUGUCAGUGUUGCAGUGGCUGGUGGAUGCGGUUCCCACCCUCAAGUUCCUGGAAAUCUACGUUCAUGUAGACAGCCCUGCCGAUCGGCAGCUCUUCCAAUCAAAAUGUGAGGAGGAAUUCACGAUGCUCACCAAAUUGACGAUGGGGACCUGGAAACGAAGCUUGAACUUUACCUGCUUCAGCUUCUGAUUAUGUUCAACACUCUCACUUAUCCGCACCAAAAACUUGUACAGACACUUCGCAACCAGCACCCAAUUGUUGCUUCUUCUUUCCUUUUCUUUUUUGCUUCGUUAUGCUGUGUAGCUUCGUGAAUAUUUACCACCAACUCUUAUCUAUCCCACUCUUGAGAACUUGUUGUAUACCUGGCAGAGUUUCAGUCAAAUUAGUGCAUGUGCGGUAGACUGGUUUUUGUUAUUUACCAAACUUGCAAAAUCGGUAUCGUCUGCUCCUAUUGCCGUCAGGCCUGACCUUGGAAUCUUCGCCCAGAAGCAGUAGAAUUAUUAAAAAUAGAGUUUUUUUUUUUUUUUUUUUUUUUUUUCUUUGUUGUUGUUGUUGUUGUUGUGUGUGUGUGUGAUGACCAGGUCUUGAUUAGACCUAAUGGGGGUGUGCUUUACCGACAAUGAGGCAGCUGAGGCUUAAGAGUGACAAUUGGGUGCCCGAGAUAAGAACACAGACAAGAAGAGGAAAUGAACAAUUGGGAUUGGCAGACAACAAGGAUUUGUGGAUGGAGUUGUGUUGUAGUAAUUCAUCCAAAGAGAGACUAGUGAUUUCCUGUGUACUGAUGCUCCAUUUUGCUGGAAAAAUUUGUGCAAAAUCAAUUAUGAAGGCAACAAAAUGUGAAUUAAUAUUGUUUGUUUUGUUU